CCGUGUUGCUUUACAUAGAACUUCAUUUCCUCUAUGACUGCGUCAAGGGCGCGUAAAUUCAUAGCACUUUGGGUGGGUCAACUGGGAUUGUAUAGUUUUGUUGUAGUUUCGUGUGCCUUCCAGAGCUCGAGCGGGCGACAUGAUAACAAAGCAGACGUCUCGCCGGCCGUUCGAUGCGGCCAUGAUACGUAUCGCUCGAUACUUGCGGCGUGGGUUCGAUUCCUCUUCAUGGUCACUGGAUCAAUUGAGGUGAGAGUUCACCAGGCUGAAUUGUUUUGGUCAUGGGCAAUAUGUAAUCCAGAGGAGUUGGGGGCCGGAGGUGUUCCCUCGUCGUUGCUCCCGUCUGUUUUUUGACACAGGCGGCUAUCUAUAAGUGUCUGCACAUGCUGGGGUGACGCACUCCGCAUUCCCCUCCGCACUCCCCUUCACCCUUC